CUUUUCCUUUUCAUUCUAUGCCAUCUGAAAAUUACGCUACCUCAGAUACAAGCUCUGAUAAAUUUAGCAAGGUCGAGCAAACCGCUAUUGACCGCUUAGAAGAAGACAGAGCCUCUAGCAUCAAUGAAUUUGGUCAUGGUAGCGGUAAUUUCAUGACAGCUUAUUUCAACGUCGUUUGUGUCGUUGCUGGUACCGGUACUCUUGGUCUUCCAAAGGCUUUUGCUGAAGGUGGUUGGCUUGGCAUUCUAAUCUUAAUUUUGGCCUAUGUUAUGUCUGUUUACUCCGGUAUCGUUCUAAUUCGUUGCUUAUACCAUCAGCCUGGCAAGCGUCUCCAUGACUACAAGGCAAUUGGUACCGCCGCUUUUGGCGUUAUUGGAUACAUCAUCGCAUCAGUACUUCAUCUCUUGAAUUUGUUUGGCUGUCCCGCUCUUUACCUCGUUUUGGCUUCUGGUAAUAUGGUUGAAAUGCUCAAGGGCACUAGUGCUGCUUAUAUCCAUUACAGAACCUGGGUCAUUAUUUGGGGUGCCUUUUUGUUAAUUCCUUCCUUAAUCAUGAAGACACUGAAAGAAGUUACUGCUAUUGCUGCUAUCGGUGCUGUCUGUACUAUGAUGGCUGUCUUUGUUGUUGUCAUUCAAGGACCAAUGUAUCGCAAUGAACAUCCCGACGAAUUGGUUAUGCACGACUCUGUUAUCUGGACUGGUUUCCCUAUUGCUCUUUCAACCAUUGCUUUCUCAUUUGGUGGUAACAACACUUACCCACACGUUGAACAUGCUUUGAAGAAGCCUCAUCAAUGGAAGUGGGCCGUUACAGCUGGUCUUAGUACAUGUGUUGCCCUCUACUUUAUGACUGCCAUUGCUGGUUAUUGGUCUUUUGGUACUCACACGCAAUCUCCCAUUUAUAAUUCUCUUCCUGAUGGCCCUGGAAAGUUACUCUCCAUGAUCGUCAUGACUAUUCACGUUAUCUUAGCUAUUCCUAUUUACAGUACUUCUUUCUCGCUUGAAUUUGAAAAGUUUGUCAACUGCUCUGAAGACAGAUUAGGCAAAUUCGGUGCUUGGGUUGGUCGUGCCAUUAUUCGUGCUUGUACCAUGGUCAUCUUGGUCAUCUUGGCCUGUUUCAUUCCCUUCUUUGGUGAUUUUAUGGGUUUAAUUGGUGCUCUCGCCAACUGUGGUCUUGUUUUCCUCUUGCCCAUCCUCUGUUACUUGAAAUUGACUGGUGUCAGAAACAAACCCUGGUAUGAACUUGCUUUCUGUGCUCUUACCCUCUUGUUGGGUGUUGUUGGUUGCAUCUUUGGUACCAUCGAUGCUAUUAGGGCUUUGGUCCACGAUUUCAACCCUUAAUAGAAAAGGAAAAGCAGUUGUAAAUAGUUUUUUAAAAAUUAACAAUGUAUAUAUUAUCCUAAUAUUUAUCCCCAAAUAAACUUGAUGUUUAAAAAAUAAUUCUUUGGGUUGUCCUGACAAAGUUUUGCAUAUAUUACCGGGCCUUUUUUUAAAACUGACCUGUGUGGUCAUUACGAAACAUGACUCUGUUUGAGGAAAGAUUUUAUAGUGUAUUUUACCAUAAAAGGUAAAAUUAUUAUCUUUUAUCAGCAUUAUAGAUGACUGAGACAUAACUUGAAGCCUCUCUACUUUAGCCAUUUUUAAGCAAAAAGUCCCGUCUAAGCAUUCUCAAAUAAUUCUAGCAGUUGCUAAUCAAGCUGUUACUUCAUGUUCUC